AUGUCUGACCCACUGCCCCCUCGGCAUGUUUGCCAUGCCGCCGGCCGCCACCAUGCAGUUCCUCCGGUGAUUACCUCCACCGAGCAGUUCAUCGACCACUGCCUCCUGCCCAACAGCCCGGCUUGCACGGUGAUCUUCACCCCGGACACGGAGCAGCUUGAAUUUGCCACCGCGCUGCAGGCCGAGUUCCGCAAUGUGCGCCACGUCCUGAUGCGCGUGGUUGUCCUGGACAUGGUCAAGAACCUGGACCUGGUGCAGAAGCUCGGCCUGUCGGACGCCCCGCCGAGCAUCAUCUUCUACCAGGACGGUCGCUUCCAGCCGUACAUCGGCGAGGUGGAGGUGGAGGCCAUCACGAAGGCCAUCAGCACUUUCCUCCCCCACUUCCCGCUGUCGGCCCAUGUGUUUGCCAAGUUCCCCUCCAAGCUUGAGAUCCACUGA